GUAGGUAUCUCUCGCUCUUCUCGGCAUAAACGUUCGGAAACUGGCGCACAGCGCGCCCACUACCGCAAGAAGAGAAAGUUCGAGCUCGGUCGUCAACCCGCCAACACCAAGCUCGGCGCCAAGCGUGUGCACACCGUCCGUGUACGAGGAGGAAAUCUGAAGUAUCGUGCUCUUCGCCUUGACAGUGGUAACUUCGCCUGGGGCUCUGAGCAAAUCACCCGCAAGACCAGGAUUAUCAGUGUGGUCUACAAUGCCUCGAACAACGAACUCGUCCGAACCAACACCCUCGUCAAAAGCGCCAUCAUUCAGAUCGACGCUACCCCCUUCCGUCAGUGGUACGAGUCCCACUAUGCCCAACCCGUAACGAAGAAAGGCAAGACAACGAUCGUUACCGAUGCUGCCGCUGAGCCUACGAAGCUCUCAAAUCACGCACAACGCAGUUUGGAUGAGAAGAAGAAGGAGGCCAAGAUCGACACAUUGCUUGAAUCUCAAUUUGCUGCUGGUCGUCUCUAUGCCGCCAUCGCCAGCCGUCCAGGCCAAUCUGGCCGUGCAGAUGGGUACAUUUUGGAGGGCAAGGAACUUGAGUUCUACCUGAGGAAACUCAGGACUGGCAAGCAAAAGCACGCACACGCAUAAACUGGACGAGCUUCCGUUACGCGUCGCCGUUGUUGGACUGAGGUCAAUAUUUGGAACGAUGUUCAGGCUGAAUAGCACAUUUGGCUUCUAUGAGAUCAUGUCACUCCCGCUAAAAAAAAUAUAUGCUCUCAACUA